GAGAGAGGCACACUAUAAGUCAGUAAGAACAGGAAUGACUGAUGACAAAAAGACAGAGAUAUAGAGAGGGAGACAAGCCAGCGGAGGAAGAAAUACUGGCACGUGUGUGAAAGAACAGCAGGUGGAUUGGACAGGAACCUGGAUUACAGAGAAGCAUCUUUUUCAUUUCUGUUUUACUUAAAUGAAGUUGUCUUUUAAAAACAGCUAACCAGAACCUGUGCAGGGGGACAAAAAUCUAUGGGACUUGUAUUCAUGCUUUGUGUUGCUGUGGGCCAUGAAGUGGGUCAACACCUGAGAAGGAGCUGAAAGGAGCAGCAGAGACUGAGGGAGUUUUGUCCGGAAAAAGUGCAAGAGGGGGGCGGGGGAGGCUGAACUGGCUGGAGACACAAGACAGAGAGAAUAUUGGGGGAGAUUGGGGUAAAACUGCCAGGCACUUUCCAAUCUUUGAACAACCCUUCAAAUCAUCUUGACAAACACAGUUUUCACAACCCUAAACUGGUUUUGCAGGCUACAUGUGGACCAAUUUAACCAAAUUUACCCUGCUGCUGGAAAUCUAACCUGGUGACCGACUGUGGCUUUCACUGGAAGGAAGAACUGUGGAGUUAAAAAAAAAAUUUUUGUGUUUUUUCUUUUUUUGGAUGGAACAUCUCAACCUAAUAGCAUUUUGAGAUCUGUUUUGUUUCCUAUGACUCAGCCUUCAUUCAAGCAUAAAAAUAACCCACCAUCUCUUGGAGUCCAAACAUUCCAAGGUGAUCUGUAGUAGUAAGGGAGAUUGCUUCUUCCACUCUCACAAGUUAAACAUCCACAGAUAAAAGGCACACACUCCACUGUGUCUCCACCAUGCAGACCCCAGGGCCUGAACAUGAUGACUCUUUCGAUUUUCUGUUUAAGAUCAUCCUGAUUGGAGACUCUAACGUAGGGAAGACCUGUGUGGUUCACAAUUUCAAGUCAGGGAUUUUCUCAGAGAAACAGCAGAACACCAUCGGAGUGGAUUUCAGUGUACGGACCGUGGAUAUAGAGGGGAAGAAAGUUAAGAUGCAGGUGUGGGACACGGCAGGUCAGGAGAGGUUUCGUACCAUCACCCAAAGCUACUACCGCAGCGCCCACGGAGCAAUCAUUGCCUAUGACAUUACAAGACACCCGACUUUUGACUCAGUGACUCACUGGAUCAAGGAGGUGCAGCUGUAUGGAGCAUCCAAUGUAGUGCUGGUUCUCAUAGGUAACAAAAGUGACCUGGAGCAGGAACGUCAGGUUCUGUUUGAGGAAGCCUGUAACCUGGCAAAGGAGGGCGGCAUACUAGCUGCGCUAGAAACAUCUGCAAAGGAGAGUCAGAACGUGGAAGAAGCUUUCAUGAUGAUGGCCAGGGAGCUGCUCUCUCGCAACGGCCAUAAUAUCCAGCAGGAGGACUUUGUGAGCAGCAACACACCUCGAGUUCUCAUCCGUGCCAACUCUCGGCCGGUCAAUGGCCUCCCAGCUGCCUACACAACACCAGAGAAGAAGUCAUGUUGCUGAUUCAAAUGUGGACAGGACAGGGAGGAUAAAACAUGACUAAUGUUGGAAAUUAAGAGUCGACAGUGGAUGAGUAAGACGGUGAAGGGAACUCUUCAUCAUGAAUGUUGGAGAAGAGGAACAGGAUAAGAUACAAAGAUGCAUGGAUGUGGGGAAUGUAGCAGGCAAGACCUAAUGAACCAAAAAUCUUUGCAAUGAGGAAGUUUAGGCAGUUAUUGUAAAGUACUGAAAAAUCAUUUCAGUGUACUUUUCUGUGGCUUACCUGACCCGAGAGUUGUUCAGCUGCUGCUACAAGGACAAGAAAGUCAUACCAGGAAUGUUUAGUAAUGGGGGAGUAAGAGACAGCAGGGACAGUGGUGAUCAGUUUUGGGUAAAGUUACAGUAAGCCAAUCUCAUGUAUAUCGACUACACCUAGAAUGUUUUUUCUCCUCUAAUUGAUGUUAUAUUAUCUGUACAAAAUGUUGUCGGACUGUUACUAUCCUAAUGUUUUAUAAGUUUAGCCUACCAAAAGCUUCAAAUAUAGCCUCAGCUAUACUAUCCUUAACACACCUUUGUGUUGUAUUGUCACAAUGCUGCCUUCAUGCUUCACUCUGCCGAUAAACCUUUUGAAACGCAGAAUUUUCAGAACUUAUUGUUCUAAAUAAGACUCUGAGAAUUUCACCCAAGUGUCCUCUUGUGGUGCCUCUAUGACGAGCUGUGAUCACCUCUGUGUUCUCGGGGAAAAUGUCCCAGAUGACCUGCUACAAGCCAGAAGACUGUGAAUUAUACAAUUUUGUUUGACUUUUGAUACUUCUUUCCUAAUGAUGUCUCACAUUGUCAUCAAUGUCUAUAAUAGGCUGUGGAUGUGUUCUGAACUGAUUCUCUCAAAUUCUGAUCAGUUUACAUGAUGAAGCAGACAUAAUUUGACUCUCCGUGAGAAACUAAAUCUCUUUACAGGCUUUGUUUAAGGCUGUCGUGUACAUUGAAGGAAAACCAGUGUAAAGUUAGAAAAUUGUUGGGCCUUCAGUGGACCACUUCAUUGUGAACACUAGAGGGCACUGUGCUGUUGCACAUAAUCUUUAACUGCAGGUUGGUUGCUCAUUACCUUCAACAAUAAAUACCAAGGUGAUUCAAAACAUCCGUGACCGCACAGACUCCGCAAGGAACAAUUAGUUAAGUUUACAUGCAACCCAGUAAACAGGAAAAAAGAAAAAUCACCUUUAAGGCUAAACUUCCUGCCAACAGAACAGUCAAACUGAAGUAACUGAGCUGACAAAGCUUCCAUCCAGGAUAUAAUCUUUCUUUGUGUGUAAAGCCAAGUUGGCAGGUCUUAUUUAAACACUAAACUGGAAGUCAUGUACUUUAGCUGGACUUGCACUGAUUGUUACAAUGAUACAGUUAAUCCGCCUUUAUGUUUAUUCAUUAAGUUAUGAGUGGAACAAUUGUGGGGAACUAUCCAGGUGUAGUCUUGUCACAAUGAAGCUUCUGCUCCAUCUGACAAGCAAUAAAUGAUCAAUCUAUGACUAUA